AGUGCUGAUUCUACUGACACUACGAAUCCUUCCAGGUCGGAGCUCGGAUGUACGAUGACUGACUUACGAGAUGUGCGCUUUUUACUUUGACCCCCCGAUCCGGCUUAUUUAUUGUUCGGUCGGUGCUGGCUUUGAGCACGUAAGAAUUUUUGGCUUUUGCACAGUCAAAAGUGUGCUCUGAAAAAUGGUGAUCCGUAAGCUUUACGUUCCCCCGGCGAUCAUCAAAAAUGGAUUUGCGGCCACGGUCGAAGAGGUACAACACACGGUGUAUCAUGUGAACCAAGAAAGCGUUGCUUUCAGCACGAUUGAGGAAGAAAGUGUUCCAGUUACUGUGCUGAUUCCACCCGAAAAUGAUGAUGUAAUCUUGGAGAUAAAAUCAGCUUCCAGCGCAACGGAGCAAGAAAGUGAUCCAGUUCCUGAUUUGAUUUCACCCGAAAAUGAUGACGUGAUCUUACAGAUAAAACCCGGAAAGAUAUUAGGCCAAAAGAAAAAACUUCCCAACGGAGCAAGCUUCUACAGAUUCAGUGGCAUUCCCUAUGCUAAACCUCCAGUUGGUGAGCUCCGAUUUAAGCCUCCCGUACCGUUGGAACAGUUCGAUCAGGAUAUUCUGGACUGUACGCGUGAGCGUAAUAUUUGCUACAGUUUGCAAUACUUUCCACCGGAUGCUGCCGAAUCGGCUUCCGAGGAUUGUCUUUUCUUGAACGUGUACACACCAAAUCCGGGACUGAACAGUUCUUCGGAUGGACUUCCCGUGAUGGUGUGGAUUCAUGGAGGUGGUUUCGCCCUUGGUAGUGGAGAUUCAUCCUUCUACUGUCCGAAAUAUUUAGUACAACAGGGAGUAGUAGUUGUGACUUGUAACUAUCGACUGGGACCGUUCGGAUUUUUGUAUUUGCCUUCGAUGGGUAUUUAUGGUAACAUGGGAUUGAAGGAUCAGAGGUUGGUUCUGAAAUGGGCUCAGGAGAAUAUUCGGGCAUUUGGAGGUGACUCAAGCAAUGUGACACUUUUCGGCGAAAGUGCCGGCGGAGCUUCGGUUCAUUUGAAUUACAUUUCGGAAAGUUCAAGAAAAUAUUUUCACAAAGCAAUCUGCAUGUCCGGUGUUUCUUACAACCCUUGGGUUCUGCAAAGUGAUCCCGACGGUAAAGCUCGGCGACUUGCAGUGCUUCUAGGAGCUGAAUCCAGUAGUGACAAUGAUGUUUAUGAGACACUUAUGAAAGCUCCUGCGAAUGACCUUGUAGCGAAAUCACCCGCAGUAAUGACGGCAGACGAGAAACGAACUGAUAUGUUCUUUUCAUUCACUCCGGUCGUUGAACCCGGUUACUCCGAGGAGCCGUUUUUGACGGAAAACUUCAUCAGUCUAAUGAUGAAUCCUAAUAUGACUAGUAUUCCGAUCAUCUACGGAGUCACCAACAACGAAGGUUUGCUGAUUUCUGCACAACUACAAAGUGGCAUCGAAGAAUACGCCGCAAAUCCGGACAAACUGGUGCCUCUGGAUUUGAACGUAUCCAGUGAGGAGUUGAAGGAAGCGGCAGGUGAAAUAAAGAAAUUUUUCUUUUGUGAUUCCGACAUCGCAUUAGAACGAUUGCAAACACUUGUGGAUAUCGUAUCGGAUAAUAUGUUUACCAUGGCGGCUUACGUAGCUAGUGAGCUACAUGCUCGUUAUCAGCAUAACGCACCGCAAUACUUCUACGUGUUUUCCUUUGAAGAUGAAUUGAACAAAUUUCGAAAAAUGUUUCAAGUACCGGAUAGUUUGCCUGGAGUUUGCCAUUCCGAUGAGUUGCUGUAUCUGUUUGGUUCAUCACUGAUGGGAACUGAGAUUGAGGCCGGUUCACGAGCGGAUAGAUUCCGAACCAGCAUGUGCAAACUGUGGACCAACUUUGCUAAAUAUGGCAAACCUACGCCGGAGAAUGGGGAAGAAAAUUUUGUUUGGGAACCAGUAAAACCGGUCUGUAACUCGGAAUUCAAUCUAGUGGCAGCUGACUUGAACCAGGAGAGUAAAAUGGUUGAGAAUCCAUUUUUGAGUCGCAUUCAGUUCUGGAGAGAGUUGUAUGCUCGGUAUUUUGGAAGCCAUCUGAUGAAAGCAGAAGAAAAAUGAUUUUUUGGCAAUUAUCUGAUAAUAUUUCACGUGCUCGAAUAAAACGAUUCACCUAA